GUAACCGACUGUAGUUGUCAUGACGUGGACUGGUCUGCCUCCACCGUCGCCUCCCAGUGAUCGGUGAUCGAGACUCAGCCGAGUAGCAGCAAAGCCAACAAGUUAGCCUCCCACCGAGCCAGACACGAUUUGUUUCACCCAGUUAACAGCUCGUUUGUUGGCUAUAAUGAGGUGGUGACCCGGGGCUGGCCAGGCCGUGAGAUGAUUGCAGCUUGGCGCAGAGAAAAGACGGAGCAGAGAGACUGAGAAAGAAGAAUGGGCAGGAGCAUCUGGGGCUGCUGGCACGGCGUCUUCUCUACUGCAUUUCUCUAUGGCUCUUUGGCCCUCUUUACCUCCAUCCUCCACAAUGUGUUCCUGCUUUACUAUGUGGAGACAUUUGUGUCCAUAUACAAGAUUGAUAAAGUCUCCUUCUGGGUGGGAGAGACAGUUUUCCUCAUAUGGAACAGUCUGAAUGACCCUCUCUUUGGCUGGCUGAGUGAUCGCGCCUUCCUCAGCUCUCCUCAGACAGGUUCUCAGAUCACAUCUCCAGAGGUGGUGCUGAAGCGCCUGAAGGCCCUCUCCACAAAUGGCCCUCUCUUUGCGCUGUCGUUCCUGGCCUUCUGGGUGGCGUGGGCCAGGCCAGGCCUGCAGUUCCUGCUGUGCCUGUGCCUGUAUGACGGUUUCCUCACGAUGGUGGACCUCCACCACAGCGCCCUGCUGGCUGACCUCGCUGUGUCUGCAGCUGAUCGCACGCGCCUCAACUUUCACUGCUCGGUGUUCAGUGCUUUGGGCUCAUUCUCCGUUUUUCUGUCCUACUCCUUCUGGGACAAGGAGGAUUUCUACUCUUUCCGUUUCUUCUGUGUGGCUCUGGCAGCUUUUUCCGUUUUCGGCUUUUUCUUUGUGUCCAGGUUGCUACAGAGUCGUUUUCAAAAAGAAAUCCGUCCAAGACACGAUGAGGCACUGACGCUCAAAGAGCUGAGUGUUGGCCAUGCUCCACUUACACACCCAGAAAAACCUGUCACUAUUGGACAGUACCUCAAGCAGCUCUCCAGACACAGGAACUUCAUGUGGUUUGUGUCUAUGAAUCUUGUUCAGGUGUUUCACUGCCAUUUCAACAACAACUUCUUCCCUCUUUUCCUUGAACAUCUCCUCUCUGACAACAUUUCCGCUUCAACGGGUUCUAUCUUACUUGGGAUCUCUUACAUUGCCCCCCACCUGAACAACUUGUAUUUCCUGACACUGUGCCAGCGUUACGGGGUUUACCAGGUUGUCCGCUGGCUAUUUUUGCUCAAACUGGGACUUAGUGUGGUUAUGGUGCUGGCAGGGGCUGACCACAUUUAUCUGCUGUGCAUCUUCAUUGCUAGUAACCGGGUGUUUACAGAGGGGACGUGCAAGCUGCUGAAACUGGUCAUUUCCGACCUGGUGGACGAGGACUUCGUGAUCAACCGCCGUCAGCAGGCCGCCUCCGCACUCCUCUUCGGGAUGGUUGCCUUGUUGACCAAACCAGGCCAGACAUUCGCUCCACUCAUCGGCACCUGGCUGCUGUGUGUUUACACAGGUUAUGAUAUUUUUGAGAGGGAGCCUGUGAAGGACUCUGUGGUUUCUGUGCCUGACGUUGCCUCUGGCUCAGGGACUCCACCUCUACGCCUGGGUUGCUUCUACAUGUUGGUGUUUGUGCCUAUCACCUGUGCCCUGCUCCAGCUGGCCGCCUGGUCUCGCUUCACACUUCAUGGCCGCAAACUGCAAGGGAUCAAGAACUUAAGACAAGGGGCCCAGCAUGGCCACCUGAUCGAUGUCAAGGCCAUAUGACCUGAAUAAAGCUGGGUGAAGCUGCACACAGACACUUUUAAAUCUUCAGUUUUACAGCCCCUUGAUAAUAAAUUAGAAGAUGAUGAAGCAGAAAGCUGCUCUGAUUCAUUCUGCAGCCACUGUUCAACAAUAUGAACCACUACAUGUGUCUUUGUGGACAUUGAGAAAUACACGAUGGGCCGACAAAUCCCUCUGGAAGGAAAAUGAAACUUGCCUUAUUUUUUUAUAUGAAAAUAUUGACCUAUAUUUAUAUUUGACAAAAGAUGACCAAAAGAUAAAGUAGAACCAAUCAAUCCUUUGGAUGUAGAAGGACCAAGGUGAUUUUUUUAUUUUUAUGGUGCAGGCCAAAGAUGGGUUGCCCUUUUUUUAGAACGGUUUGUAAAGCAUAAUUCUGGCCUGCAGUCUCAGAACCCUUUCUGCUCAGUAAUCUUCAGUAACAUCAGGAGGCGGGGAGGUUUAAACACAGAGCAACUGUUCUGAUUUUCAAUGUUAUUAACAGGAUGAAGAAAAUGAAACUGCGUUAAUGUGUUCAGAGUGCUGUUGAUGCUGCAUGGAUCCUGCACUUCACAGCUGAUUAGUAAUUGUACUGUUUCUUUAUAUUUACACAGAAUGCCCUCCCAGUUUGAUGUAGAGAACUGUAUUUUUCUGAUAACGUCCAGUAUUGAAGAUGAUUAGAAUGUUUUUGCACAAAACUGCCAUUUGUCUGUUGUACUUCUAACAUUCUGAUUGUGACAUACUUUAUGUACUGUAGUAAUAAAAGUUGGGAUAAGUAAUUUAUGCUGGUAACCAUACUAUCAAUUCAGUUUUGUAAUUUUUCAGAUUCUACAAAGAAUGUGUGACAUUAGCACAAAUAAAUCUGCUCUGCUGAAAAUCAGUUAAACUCUGCUGUGCCAUGACACCUGUGUAAGAUGAACUGAAACUUUUCUAUACUUGGUCAUAAAACUAAAAUGUGAACUGU